AUGCUACCGCGGACGCACCGCCAGGCCGUGCAGGCCGCCCACAGGGCCUUCAGCUCCUCCGCGCCGCGAGGGCCGCCCUUCCAGUCUAACAUCGGCAAGAAACCCAUCCCGCUCCCGCCCUCCAUCACCCUCACCCGCCUCCCGGACGAGAACGUGCUCGCCGUCUCCGGGCCCAAUGGCACCGCCCGCGUCCCGUGCGAGCCCUUCGUGCGACUAACCCAGCCCGAGGCCCAGGGCGGGCAUCCGAAGGUGCUCGAGGUGCGCGUGGACGACCCGAGCGUGAAGCAGCAGCGGACGAUGUGGGGCACGACGCGCUCGCUCAUCGCGAACGCGGUCACGGGCAUGUCCGAGGGAUUCUCGGUCCCGCUUUACCUCGUCGGCGUCGGAUACAGGGCCGCGUUGGAGGAGGACCCGCGCGGGACGUCCGAGGGCGGGAGCGGCAUCCGGCUGAACAUGAAAGUCGGUUUUUCGCACUCGGUGUACGUGCCCAUACCGCCGCACAUCAAGGCGGAGGUGCCGAUGCCGACGAAGAUCGUGCUGAGCUGCACCGACAAGCAGAAGUUGGGGCUGUUCGCGGCGGAGGUCAAGAAAUGGAGACCGCCAGAACCUUAUAAGGGAAAGGGUAUUUUCCUUGGGAAUGAAACGAUCCGCAUCCGGGCCAUCAAGAAGAAGUAG